UGGCAUAUAAGUUCGUAAAAACAGUUAUAAAACGCUGCUUGAGAAUAGUUUAAAAUAAAAUACGCCUUGCUAGCGUGACAGGUAUUUGUAAUUAUAUUUUGCCAGUAUUUUGUGAGCACAACAGGAACAUAUGAAAGUGUAUUGCAAAUAUUCAGAGAAUUACUUAAAUUAAAUUGGAAAAAAACCAAAAAAUGGCCCCCAGACCAUUAACUUCGACUGCCCAACCGAUCAUCUACACUACCCACGGUCGGGUGUGUGGCCAACGGCGAAGAACGAUUUAUAAUGAUGAAUAUUACUGCUUCGAUGGCAUACCUUAUGCCAAGCCACCUCUUGGCGAAUUGCGUUUCAAAUCACCACGACCAGCAAACCCUUGGGUGGAUGUGCGCAUUUGCACGACACCGCCGCCAAAAUCUGUGCAAUUCAAUCGCUACACCAAUAGGAUAGAGGGUUCUGAGGAUUGUUUGUAUUUGAAUAUAUAUGCAAAAGAGCUUAAAUCCAAAGAACCUUUGCCGGUGAUCGUUUUUAUACAUGGCGGUGGUUUUACGACUGGUGGUGCUUGUCGUCAAACUUGGGGUCCAGAUUAUUUCAUGAUGGCAAAUGUAGUACUCGUAACUAUUGGCUAUCGCUUGGGAGCGCUUGGUUUCCUUCAUUUCCCCGAACCGGAAUUGGAAGUGCCUGGUAAUGCUGGACUUAAAGACAUCAUAAUGGCUCUAGAAUGGCUCAAAUCAAAUUACUGCAGAUUUAAUGGCGAUCCCACAAAUGUUACACUCUUUGGCCAUAGCUCAGGCAGUAUGGCAGUACAGUUACUCAUUACGGUACCAAAAUGCGAGGGACUAUUUCACAAAGCAAUUCUAAUGUCCGGUUUUUCACUGCAUAUUCAAGAUCACCCUGAACGUAUCCAUCAAUAUGUCACACACAUUGGCUAUAGGGGGGUAAAAGAUAACAAAAAGAUUUUAAAAUAUUUAUGCUCACUUAAGGCGGAAAAACUGUGUGACUUGAAGUUUUUAGUACUAGAUGAAAGAGAUCAAGGUACCGGGUAUAUAUUUUUCCCCUGCAUAGAAAAUCCAAGCGUGCCCGAUGCUAUAAUUACAAAAAAUCCACUCGAUAUGUUAGCUGACGAGGAUGCUUGGUAUCAUGACAUUCCUUUAAUGAUGGGCUCUACCACUGCUGAGUCGAUGGUGCGCUAUAAGUAUUUAACGGAAAAUCCGGAGGUAUAUAAAGUAUUUGGUGAACGUCCGGAAUAUUUGGUGCCGCAGGAAGUUUCGCAUUAUUGUGAUUUGACGACGCAAAAAAAAUUUGCGAAGAAACUCAUCAAAUUGCAUUUGGGCGAGAAGAGUCUGAGUGCGGCACAUGUAAUGGAAAUUAUAAAUCUUUUAUCAUACGGUUUCAUGUACCAUCCACUGCAUCGCUUGGUGAAUUCGCGUUUAAUACGCUCACAAGCGCCUACAUACCUCUAUCGCUUCGAUUUUGAUUCGCCUCGUUUCAAUUUGUACCGCAUCAAAUUGUGUGGACCAAAUGUGCGAGGAGUUUGUCAUGCGGACGACCUUGGCUACUUAUUUUACAUGCCUGAGUCUUUUAAACUCGAACGGAAUUCAGACGAACUCAAAAUAAUCAGAGUUAUGGUUGAUCUACUCACCUCUUUUGCCGCUGUUUCGGAUCCCAAUAGUAUGCGAUUACAUCCCAUCCAUUGGUAUCCGAGGGCAUCAUGUGAUACAUGCCAGUGUUUCCAUAUUAGUAGAACGAUAUCUUUUGUCGAGUGGCCCGAGUUGGAAAAUUGUGAGCAGUGGGAUAAACUUUACAUGGAAUUCGGUUUGAGCGAACCUCAAAAGGUAGAAGAGCUUCUCACCCUGCCAUUGGGCACAAUUAGAGGCCGGCAAUGCAAAUCGAUUUAUGAUCAUAAAUACUAUAGCUUCGAAGGUAUACCGUACGCAGAGCCACCGCUGGGCGCUUUACGUUUUCGGGCACCAAAACCAGUCGCACCAUGGACGGACAUCAAAAACUGUACACAGUGUGCAAGUAAACCUUUGCAAAAUAAUCCUCUGACCAAUGAAGUGGAGGGAUCCGAAGAUUGUCUGUACCUCAAUGUUUAUACGAAAAAGCUGAAAUCCGAAAAUCCACUGCCUGUCAUGGUCUUCAUCUAUGGUGGCGCUUAUAGUAUUGGUGAGGCCACAAGAGAAUUAUAUGGUCCCGAUUAUUUCAUGAGCGAGGAUGUUGUGUUGGUAACUUUUAACUAUCGUCUCUGUUCCUUAGGUUUCCUCAGUCUCGCCGAUCCCACGCUACAGAUACCUGGUAACGCUGGUCUCAAAGAUCAAGUGCUCGCUCUAAAAUGGGUAAAAACACAUAUUUCACAUUUCAAUGGCAAUCCCGAAAAUGUUACUAUCUUUGGCGAAAGUGCCGGUGCUGCCUCAGUGCACUUGCUUAUGCUCUCGGAGCAAGGGAACAACCUUUUUAAACGUGGCAUAGCCAUGUCUGGUUGUGCCCUAAAUUAUUGGGCGAAUAUGCCGCAAACAAAUAUGGCAUAUCGUUUGGCGAAAUUUCAUGGUUACACGGGUGAAAAUAUCGAUAAGGCUGUAUUCCAAUAUCUAAAUGAGCUCGAACCUAACAAGCUGGUCGUGCAUUCGUUGCUGAACGAGGAGGAGCAACGCAACUUAUACAUGUUUGCUUUUGCUCCCAUUGUUGAACCGUAUGUGGCAGAGGGUUGUGUUAUACCGGAGCGGCCUUUUAAUAUGCUGAAGAAAGCGUGGAGUAAUAAAUUGUCUAUGAUGAUUGGUGGAUCUUCCUUCGAGGGUCUGUUUCUGUAUAAGGUCGUUAAGUCAAAUCCGGAUAUAAUGAAACGUUUCUACAAUGAACCAGAAUUGUUAUUACCCGAGGAAGUGCGUAGUAUGCAUGAUAAAAAAAAGAAUAGGAAAAUGGGUCAAAAAAUGUUAGCGCUAUACUUUGGUGACGAGGCGCCCAACGACAGCGCGCUCUUGAAAUAUUUAGAGAUCUUAAGCUAUAAACUUUUUUGGCAUGAUAUCCAUCGCACCAUUAUGGCACGUCUAAGCUUUGCACUGGCGCCUACUUUCCUCUAUCGUUUCGAUUUCGAUUCGCCGGAUUUCAAUUUGAACCGUGCCAAAAUUUGCGGUACGGACCAAGUGCGUGGAGUUGCACAUGCCGAUGAAUUGUCCUAUUUAUUUUAUUCGCGUCAAUCACAUAAGUUGCUUUCCAACUCAGCGGAGUAUAAAACUAUAAGACGUUUGAUUGGCAUGUGGACCGCCUAUGCGAAGAACGGUGAUCCGGACUGCGACGAGUCGAAUCCGAUUGUAUGGGAUGCAGUGUCGAAGUACUGCAAUUUGCGUGCAAUGAAUAUAGGUAAUGAGCUGGAGUUUAAGGAAGUUCCAGAGAAAGAAAAAUUAAAAGUGUGGGCCGACUUAUACACAGGUCCCUCACAAUUGUGUGGAGCGUCCUCGGUGACGGACUACGAUUGGGGCAAGCCGAUACCUACUAUAAUAUAAAAAGUGCAAUUUCAGAUAUAUCUGUAGCAAAUGUUUUACCUCUACUAAAAAUUCACGUAUCAAUUA